CUAUGCCAGAGGCAGGUGCCAGCUAAGAGUGGGCGGAGGUGCGGGCGCCAGGCCAAUCCAGGCAGCCGGGAGGCUCCGCGUUACCUCUGCCUCUAGGAGUCUAGGCGCAAAGACAAGCUCGCCCUGAGUCGCCCCUGCUUUGUCAACUCUGCGUUCCCUCCGCUCCUGCCAGCCCGGGGCACAGGAGUCCCUGCCGCCUGCAGGAGGAGCCGGGGGAUCUGUCUCAGCAGCUGCGGAGCGACAGCAUCCUUGGAAGAGACGCCCCGGGCUACGCAGUCUCUCCAGCCUCCUCCUAGGGGGCGAGAGCUCCUUUGCGCUCCCUCCAGUGAUCGCCCCCCUACACGGCCACCAGAGCCAACACUCCUCCACGGGACCUCCCCACCUGAGCGGUCCCUGGCGGAGGGGGUCACAGGGCAAAGAGACUCAAAUAACAACCGGGUAGCCAGGGAACCCCAACCCUGCGUUUCUACUGGGCAAGAAAAGACGACGCUGUCAACACGGUGAGCUUCCUGCACGCGGUCCCCAAGUUCAGGGAAGACACCCUUCCAGGAAGAGCUAAUCCCCUGUGUGAGCAUUCCAGCCUCAUCCGGACUCCAGGAGCUUCUUCCGUCUGCACCCCAAGUGUUUCCCGGGUGUCCGCUUGGGCCAUGCCCGGGCUGCGCAGGGACCGCCUGCUGGCCCUGCUGCUCCUGGGCGCGCUCUUCUCCGCCGACCUCUACUUCCACCUCUGGCCGCAAGUGCAGCGCCAGCUCAGGCCGGGCGAGCGCCCCGCCGCCUGCCCGUGCUCGGGCCGCGCCCCCUCCGCGUCUCUACACUCAGCCGCAGCCUCCCGGGACCUUGGCACAACCUCACACAACUUUUCAGGAGCUUUGCCCCGGGUUGAGCAUCCCAGCCACGGCCACCCUGCCCCGCGCUCUAAGCUGCAGGCCCUCUUCGCCCACUCGCUCUACCAAGUCCUGGAGGAUCCGCCUCUCCUGGGACCCGAAGACUGGCUCCUGGCCAGCCAGGAGGCGCUGCGGUAUUACCGGAGGAAGGUGGCCCGCUGGAACAGACGGCACAAGAUAUACAAAGAACAAUUCAACCUCACCUCCUUGGAUCCCCCGCUGCAGUUUCGACCAGAGGCCAGCUGGGUCCAGUUCCACUUGGGGAUCAACAGCCACGGGCUGUACUCCAGGUCCAGCCCUGCCAUCAGCAAGCUCCUCCAUGACAUGAGACACUUCCCCACCAUCAGUGCUGAUUACAGCCAGGAUGAAAAAGCCUUGCUAGGGGCCUGUGACUGCUCACAGAUUGUGAAACCCAGUGGGGUCCACCUGAAAUUGGUUCUGAGGUUCUCGGACUUCGGGAAAGCCAUGUUCAAACCCAUGAGACAGCAGCGAGAAGAGGAGACGCCUGAGGACUUCUUCUAUUUCAUAGACUUUCAGAGACACAAUGCUGAGAUCGCAGCUUUCCACCUGGACAGGAUUCUGGACUUCCGACGGGUACCGCCAACAGUAGGGAGGCUAGUGAAUGUCACCAAGGAAAUCCUAGAGGUCACCAAGAAUGAGGUCCUGCAGAGUGUGUUCUUUGUGUCUCCAGCUAACAACGUGUGCUUCUUCGCCAAGUGUCCGUACAUGUGCAAGACCGAGUACGCUGUCUGCGGCAACCCACAUCUGCUGGAAGGCUCCCUCUCCGCCUUCCUGCCAUCCCUCAACCUAGCCCCCAGACUGUCUGUGCCCAACCCCUGGAUCCGUUCUUACUCACUGUCAGGAAAAGAGGAGUGGGAGCUCAACCCCCUUUACUGUGACACAGUCAAGCAGAUCUAUCCGUACAACAGCAGCAACAGACUCCUCGGCAUCAUUGACAUGGCCGUCUUUGACUUCCUGAUUGGAAAUAUGGACCGACACCAUUACGAGAUGUUCACCAAGUUUGGGGAAGAUGGGUACCUUAUUCAUCUUGACAAUGCCAGAGGGUUCGGACGACAUUCCCAAGAUGAAAUCUCUAUCCUCGCCCCUCUUGCACAGUGUUGCAUGAUCAAAAGGAAAACACUCUUGCACCUUCAGCUGCUGGCUCAGGCUGACUACAGGCUCAGCGAUGUGAUGCGGGAGUCACUCCUAGAAGACCAGCUUAGCCCUGUCCUCACAGAACCCCACCUCCUGGCCCUGGACCGCAGACUCCAGAUCAUCUUGAAGACCGUGGAGGACUGCAUAGAGGCCCACGGCGAGCGAAGAGUCAUAGCCGAUGGGUCAGCACAACGUUCGGCUCCAGACUCCGGCCAGGCUAAUCUGACGAGCUAAUGGCAACAAACGUGGGACCUCAGAACACACAACUGGAGUCAGCACCUCGUGCUGGUUUGUAGGCCCCUGUUGCCUCAUUCUAUCCUGGGGUACUGGAGGCCAAGUCACAAGCUCAGGGAGGAGGCAGGAACGCUUUGAAAAAGGCAAACAGGAUCCACCAAACCUCAUCUUUAUCCUUGGGUGGAGGUCACUGCUUUUACGGUGCACUAACUGGGGCUCUCUCUUCCCAACGAGCUCUGGCUCCAUCAGGACUGCAGAUUAUCUUCUGAGCACACUGUGAAACCUGGAUCUGAACCAGGCUUGGAAGGUCUGGAAGCUCUGUUCCCAGGAGCGGUUUUUAUUCUACCAUAUCAAAUAAAGGGACAUCAAGCGGA